ACACUAUUGAGAACGAAGCCUGCGAACGAAGCUUGAAGACCGAGUGUUGAACGUCUUUCCUUGUCAGUCACUGGCCACGAAAAGGAAUCCAGAUUUUCAACCCACCCCAACACGAGCCAGGAAACUUCAGCUUCUCACGCAAGCUUUAUCUGGAAGUAGGAGGAGCUCGUUCUCCCAGAGGCACGCAAACACGCACAGAGUACAAAGUACAAAAAGGUGUUGCAGCACUCCAGUGUACAAAGUGAGUCUGCCUGAGAAAGAAGAUCAUUGAGCUGCGCUUAGAAGAAGGGGAUAUAAUUCACUGCACAUUUCCAACAUGAAUGCAGACAUUCGCUUAGAGAUAGAAGCAAAGCUGGAAAGGGCAAAGCAGAUGAAAGAGGAGGAGAAAGUCUUCAGGUACAACGGCAUCCUGUACCCCACACUUAUGUCUCCAGAAGAGAAUCUGAAAGCUUCUGAAAGUUUUGAAGCCAGGCCAGAUGAUAUCGUGUUGGUGGCCUACCCAAAGUGUGGGUUCAACUGGAUGGUGGGUGUGAUUCUGAAGAUCAUGGCUGCUGUCAAAGUUGAGAAUAAAGAAGUCCAAGACAGACUUGUACCACUUUUAGAGUUUCUCAACCCAGGGGCGCAGAAGUCUCUGAGCGAAGUUCCAUCUCCAAGGUUACUUGGAACACACAUGCACCCCGACAACAUCCCGCCGUCUUUCGCUGCCCAGAAAACCAAGAUUUUGGUUAUUUUCCGAAAUCCCAAAGACACCAUGGUGUCCUACUACCACUUUACCAACUCCAAUCCCGUGCUGCCCACUGCCGAAUCCUGGGACAAGUUCUACGAGGAGUUUAUGCGUGGAGACGUGUGUUUGGGUUCUUACUUUGACCAUGCUCUGGCUUGGGAGAAACGCAUGGAUGACCCCAAUGUGAUGAUUGUGACCUUUGAGGAGAUGAAGAGGGAUUUGACUGAAGGGAUUCGACGGAUCUCCAACUUCUUUGGCUUCACCUUGAGUGAAGAGCAGGUCCAGACCAUCUCCCAGGAGAGCAUGUUCACCACCAUGAAGGACGGCAACAAGGAUAAAUAUGGGAAGAUGGGUAACGUCAUCUUCAGGAAAGGUGAGGUCGGGGACUGGAAGAACCAUUUCAGCGAGAGCCAGAGCCAGGAGAUGGAUGUGGAGUUUGAGAAGCGCCUGGCCGGCACCAAGCUGGGGGCCCUGUUGAAAUACGACACGUACUGCAAGUAGAGUAACUUCUAGACAGCGGCUCAGUGGCAGCACAACCGUGGUGAUGGAGUGAGAAAAGGGAAGAACUUUAAUGAAGACCAGCCUCAAUGAAGGAGCAGAAGUUGGAAGAGCUGAGAAGAAUACAAAAAACAUGAGACCUCAUAUGCAUAAGUGCAAAAAUUAAGGAAAUACUAUUAGUAAAAAUGACAAUGCAUUGUUGUGUUGCAAAAGGACACAACCACUGCCCUCAGCUGAAAUUACUUCUACCCCAGUCACAAUUAAUGAAGUGUCAGUAAUAAAGACAUCCCUCCAUUUAUUUUUGGGAUACGUGCUUAUUUUAACUUCUAGCUUCUAUCUAAAGUGAAGUGACAAAUAAAAAUUCUUGAAGACAA